UCCCUAACUAUUUUGUGAUAUUUUCAGAGAGUACAAGAUGGAGUUCAGCUCCUCUUCUAAAAGUCGGCUGACCUUGAAAGAGUUUGAAGUUGUGAAUACAUCUAAUUAUGAUAUUGCGGGACAUUUUGUGGAUCCGCAGAACAAGGAUGAAAAAAGAAAACGGAUCAAUAUUAUAAAAGAAGAGGGACUAUUCUUGGAGUUCGACAUGGUCGGAUAUGAUGUUACACUGGCAAAUGCAAUCAGACGGUUAAUAUUGUCGGAUGUACCAACAAUGGCAAUUGAAAAAGUACAUAUGUAUCAGAAUACAAGUAUUAUGCAGGAUGAAGUUUUAGCCCACAGAUUAGGAUUGAUUCCUCUUAAAGCAGAUCCAAGAUUAUUUAACUGGAAGGAGGCGGGAACUCCUGAUGAAGGAACAGAGGAUGAUACUCUAGAGUUCUCUCUCAAAGUUAGAUGCAAACGAAAUCCUGCCAAAGACGAAACGUCACCAUAUAUUGAUAGCUGUGCAUACACAAAACAUAUUACAUGGAUUCCAAAGGGGAACCAGAAAGAUCGUAUAACGGAUCCUGGUCCAGUGGAAGACGAUAUUCUGAUAAACAAAAUGAGACCUGGACAUGAGAUGGACAUUAAACUCUUUGCAGUCAAGGGAAUAGGACGGGACCAUGCUAAGUUUUCUCCUGUUGCAACGGUGUUCUACAGACUUCUUCCAGAUAUCAAGAUUAUCAAGGAUGUAUAUGACCAGGAUGCAGUUAGACUGAAGAAAUGUUUUUCUCCGGGGGUGCUCGAACUUGAACCUACAGAGGACGGGAGAAAGAAGGCCGUUAUUGUUGACGCCAGGAAUGACUCGUGUAGCCGGAACGUGUACCGGCACGACGAUUUGAAGGAGAAGGUCGUCUUAGAGAAGGUUAAAGACCAUUUUAUCUUCAAUAUUGAGUCCACAGGGGCAAUCCAACCUACAGAUCUGGUUCUGAUGGCUCUUGAUAUCUUGGUGGAGAAGUGUGAUGGAUUCAUCAAAGAGAUCGAUCAUCAGAAUAAAUAAUUUUUUAAUGACCAUUCUUAUUUUUGUGUUCUUGAGCCCACAUGUAAUUCUUUCAUGUUCGUAGAUCUGAUGUUAUUUUUUCAGA